AUGAGAUGGCGCAAGUUCGUGCGAAGCUCUAGCGAGCCAAAGGAAGAGUGGUCUGCCCCAGAGACGCUUAUGGACCGCAUAACCGCAACAGAGAAUGCCUGCUACUUUACAAUUGAAAAAACAAAGCACGCUCUCCCGAUCCAGGACGUAAUACGGGUGACUCCAGCGCAGGACACGCCCUCAGAAUAUCUCAUCAACAACAGCAGGAUAGCGAUCAUCUUCAAAGACACAGGAAAAAUCCGGAAGUUUUUCUACAUACCCGCAGUCAUACCCGAAACUCUCACAUACUAUGGGGCUGGGCUCGUGGCAGGCAUCUCCAAGACCCGGGAAGAAGUCAUUUCCUUCACAGUGGGGGGCCCUGGCGCAGACACUGAGUUCUCAGUCUGCAAUUACGCAGUGGCAGUGCGCCUGGACAACUGCAUAGAGAUGCACGCAUGCCCAGAGGGCCUGAAAGUCCUGCACGAGGAGGGAGUCUGCGUCCUGAGGGCAGAGGAGUGA